UGGGAAAAAAGAUUCCUUUAGUGAAAAUUUUAUUUUUCUAGAUAUUAUGCAGAGAUCUGCGGCAGAAAUUUCGGUGGGGUAACAUUGACAGAUGUCAGUUGUCAACGCGUCUCUCUUUCUUGAAGUUAGUCAGUGGAGGCCAAAAUGGUGCAACGUCUAGUGUUUAGACGGCGGUUAUCCUACAAUACAAAAAGUAACAGGAGGCGCAUAGUACGAACUCCUGGUGGUAAACUAGUUUAUCAGUACCUCAAAAAGCCGAAGAAGAUCCCGAGAUGCGGACAGUGCAAGGAUAAACUGAGGGGUAUCGUCCCGGCACGGCCACAGGAAAGGUCACGUCUGUGCAGGCGCAAGAAGACCGUCAAAAGAGCAUACGGAGGUGUACUUUGCCACAAGUGUGUUAAAGAAAAGAUUGUACGCGCCUUUCUUAUCGAAGAACAGAAAAUAGUUGUUAAAGUGCUUAAGGCGCAGCAAGCUUCCAAAUCCAAGAAGUAAAUUUUAGCUAAUAAAGUUUAAUUAUA